AUACCUCCGUCAGUGGCAGUAUUUGGUCCCUGAGAUUACAAGCGAUGUUUUUGUUGCUCUUCUGACACACACACAGUGCGUGACGUCCGAAUGAACGUCGUUGUAUUGUUUGUAGAAGAAGAAAAAGGAAACGGAAAGUCAAAGUAAGCAGGGCGUCAGUCUGAGCAGUCAGUAAGUCAGUAGCGCCCAGGUCGUCCCGUCGAACUGAGUGAGUCGCUUACCGAGCAGCACAUCACCGCUACCGCCACCGCCACCGCCACCGGCCAUGACUUACGGUCAGAGGAGGUUUAACAGGCCGCACCUUUACAUCCUGAGGGGUCUCCCUGGAUCCGGAAAGUCGUCUUUCGCAAAAAAAAUAAGAGCGCGCUACGGAGAGGGAAGAAUUCUGAGCAGCGACGAUUAUUUCCGAAAUGAGCAGGGAGUCAUGGUUCAUUUUGACCGACAGAAGCUCCCCGAAGCGCACCGAGUGAACCGAAGACUGGCUUGGGAGGCCAUGCGUGACGGAGUACAUCCUGUUAUCAUUGAUAACACCAAUAUCACGUGCAGGGAUAUGAGAUCAUAUGUAAAAAUGGGCCUUCGCUUCGGUUACCACAUCAGGUUUCGCUACACGCGGGACAGCUGGAGACGGACCGUGGAGGAAUUACACGAGCGUAUUAAUGGGAAGGUGCCUUUAUGGGUCAUGAAGAGAAUGAAGAGAAGAUACGAGUUUAUCAGCAGUAUAUAUGAUGUCCUGUAUGGCCUGUGUGACUCAUAGCAAGCGCAGGCAUCCUUUUUCAUGCGAGGGAGGAGCGGCAGUCUACAGCUGGGUUUCCGCUCCAUCACAGCCCUUCCAUUUGCAUUCUUCUCUCAUUUUUGUUCUUGCAGCUUGCCAAUUUCUCGCAAAUGUUACAUUCGGGAGUGACUGUUGUUCAGUGAAUUCAGAUUUUUGUUGGUCACAUACAUUCCAUUUUACUUGCAAGUCUUCAUUUCUCUGGAAACAGUUAAAAAUAAAGU